UUCGAGCAUGUGAGCAUGCUGGUCAUUCUCCUGAACUGCGUGACCCUGGGCAUGUUCCAGCCCUGCGAGGACAUCAAAUGCCUGUCCGACUGGUGCGCCAUCCUGCGGGCAUUCGAUGACUGCAUUUUCGCCUUCUUCGCCGUGGAGAUGGUCAUCAAAAUGAUGGCUCUGGGGAUUUUCGGCCCCAAGUGUUACCUGGGUGACACAUGGAACCGGCUGGAUUUCUUCAUCGUCAUGGCAGGGAUGUUGGAGUACUCACUGGAGGGCCACAACGCCAGCCUGUCAGCCAUCCGCACUGUGCGUGUGCUCAGACCCCUCCGCGCCAUCAACAGAGUGCCCAGUAUGAGGAUCCUGGUCACGCUGCUCCUGGACACCCUGCCUAUGUUAGGCAAUGUCCUGCUCCUUUGUUUUUUUGUCUUCUUCAUAUUUGGCAUCGUGGGGGUGCAACUCUGGGCCGGUCUCCUGAGGAACAGGUGUUUCUUGGAGGACGGCGUGAAGACGAAGUACAACCUGUCCUUUCUGAGCCCGUACUACAAGCACGAGGAGGGGGAGGACAACCCCUUCAUCUGCUCCUCCAGCAGGGACAACGGCAUGCUGCGCUGUCACAGCCUGCCCCCACUGAAGGAGGGCGGGGAGGAGUGCAGCCUGGACCUCAGCCCUGACACCCUGGCCCUCUACGGCCCGGAGGCCCCCGGCAGGAACGGCUGCAUCAACUGGAACCAGUAUUACACCGUCUGCAAGCCCGGGGAGCUCAACCCUCACAAGGGGGCCGUUAAUUUCGACAACAUCGGAUACGCCUGGAUCGCUAUCUUCCAGGUGAUAACUUUGGAAGGAUGGGUGGACAUCAUGUAUUAUGUAAUGGAUGCGCACUCCUUUUACAACUUCAUAUAUUUUAUUUUGCUCAUAAUAGUCGGCUCCUUCUUCAUGAUCAACCUGUGCCUGGUUGUGAUCGCGACCCAGUUCUCGGAGACCAAGCAGCGGGAGAACCAGCUGAUGCAGGAGCAGCGGGCGCGCUACCUCUCCAACGACAGCACGCUGGCCAGCUUCUCGGAGCCAGGCAGCUGCUACGAGGAGAUGCUCAGGUACAUCGGCCACCUGUACCGCAAGGUGAAGCGGCGGGUGGUUCGCCUCUACGGCAGCUGGCGCAGCCGGCGCAGGAAGAAGGUCAACCCCAACGGCGAGGGCGGCGGCGGCGUUUGGGGCGGGGCCGGGGGCGCCAACGGGCACGGCCGGCACAGGGGCAGGCGGCGGCGGAUCCGCUCCAUCCACCACCACCACCAUCAUCAUCACCACCACCACCUGCACAUCAGCAACGGCAGCCCCUGCGUGGAGUUCGGCGACGUUCUCGAGAUGAAGUCCCUGAGAACCGGGGCGCAGCUCGCGCUGGCCUCCCAGCCGGGUGAGCCACAGAGCCGCCCGCCCGGGGCCGAGUCCGCGCCCGGCGCGCCCGAGGACGACGCCGCCUUCCAGUGCCCGCAGGGCAGGUGUGCGGCCUCCGGGGCGGCGGGGAAUGUCCCGCUGCUGGGCAGGCUCAACGGGGGCAUGAAUUACCCCACCAUUGUGCCCUCCCUCAUCUGCACUGCCUCUGGCGCUGCCUCCAGGGGCAAGGGCAAGAGGGCGUCCAACCACGGCCUCAGCCUCAACCUCAACGUGCCAGACCCUUAUGGCAAGCUGCACCAGUUUGUGGGAGAGUAUGGUGUGUCGCGAGACGCUGGCCGCUUCGGCCUGCCCUUCCAGAUGGCGGGCGCAGCGUCCACCCCUCUGUGCUGCGACUUUACGAGCUGCCCCUACUGCGCCAGGGCCCUGGACAACCCCGACCUGGAGCUGAGCGACUCGGACAGCGCUGGCUCCGAGGCUGACGUGGCCUACGAGUUCACCCAGGACCUCUGCCAUGGCACCGAGGCCCGGCCUGGCCGGGGCCGGGCGCAGCGCCACCGGAGGGCCAGGGACAGGAACCGCGUGGCCCGGUUCUGGGAGGACUUCCGGGCCAAGCUCAAAAGGAUCGUGGAAAGCAAGUACUUUAACCGUGGGAUUAUGAUCGCCAUCCUGAUCAACACCCUGAGCAUGGGCAUCGAGUACCACGAACAGCCAGAGGAGCUGACUGACAUCCUGGAGAUCAGCAACAUCGUCUUCACCAGCAUGUUCGCCCUGGAGAUGAUGCUCAAGCUGCUUGCCUUCGGCCUCUUAGGCUACAUCAAGAACCCCUAUAAUAUCUUCGAUGGGAUCAUUGUCGUCAUCAGCGUGUGGGAGAUCAUCGGCCAGUCGGACGGGGGCCUGUCGGUGCUGCGGACCUUCCGCCUGCUGCGUGUGCUGAAGCUGGUACGCUUCCUGCCGGCUCUGCGCAGGCAGCUGGUGGUGCUGAUGAAGACCAUGGACAACGUGGCCACCUUCUGCAUGCUCCUCAUGCUCUUCAUCUUCAUCUUCAGCAUUCUUGGAAUGCAUCUGUUUGGUUGCAAGUUCAGUCUGAAGACAGAGAACGGGGACACCAUUCCAGACAGGAAGAAUUUCGACUCCUUGCUGUGGGCGAUUGUCACUGUCUUUCAGAUCUUGACUCAGGAAGACUGGAACAUGGUUCUGUAUAACGGCAUGGCCUCCACCUCUCCCUGGGCUGCUCUCUACUUUGUGGCCUUGAUGACCUUUGGCAACUACGUCCUCUUCAAUCUGCUGGUGGCCAUCCUGGUGGAGGGUUUCCAAGCAGAGGGAGACGCAAGUAGGUCAGACACGGACGAGGAUAAAACGUCGAUGAAUUUUGAAGAGGAGGAGAAAAUGAGGGAGCUCCAGGCCUCAGAGAUGAAGAUGUACGCACUCAUGAUGACAGCGAACGGCUACACGGACCCCCGAGCCAGCAUGGCCCCGCCCAUUAUCAUGCGCACGGCAGCCACGCCCAUGCCCACGCCCAAGAGUUCCCUGGGCACAGACUCGGGACACGUCUUGGCAGAGUCACGCCGAGGAAGCAGGGCCUCCAUUGACCCAAACGCCUUUGACCAAAAAUCUCUGUCCAGCCAGCGGAGCUCCCCCUGUGGGCCCUGGGGCUCAGGUAGUAACUGGGGCAGCCGGCGCUCCAGCUGGAACAGUCUGGGCCGGGCCCCCAGCCUGAAGAGGAAGGACCCUUCGGGAGAGCGGGAGUCGCUGCUGUCAGGUGAGGGUCGGGGCAGCUCUGAGGACGAGAGCUCGGACGGGGCGCCGUCCAGCCAGGCGGGCAGUGCCGCGGGCACCCCCCUCCAGCACUGUGCCGAGUCCCCCGAGUUCCCCGACGGGCCGCACCAUGACUGCAAUGGCCGGACCCAGCACCCGCCCGCCGACGCGCAGAAGGAUGCCGCUGACUACGAGGAGGACAUGGACGACAGCUACUGCUUCCGCCUCCGGAAGACGCUGGAGAGCCGAAAGCCGCAGUGGUGCAGGGAGCGCGAGGACUGGUCCCUCUACCUGUUCUCUCCACAGAACCAGUUUCGGGUGACCUCCCAGAGGGUUAUCUCUCACAAAAUGUUUGACCAUGUGGUCCUGGUGUUCAUCUUCCUUAACUGCAUCACUAUCGCGCUGGAAAGGCCUGACAUUCUCCCCCACAGCACUGAGCGUGUCUUCCUCAGUGUCUCCAAUUACGUCUUCACUGUGAUUUUUGUAGCAGAAAUGACUGUAAAGGUGGUGGCACAUGGCUUCUGCUCCGGGACGGACAGCUACCUACAGAGCAGCUGGAAUGUGCUGGAUGGCGUGCUGGUCUUCGUCUCCCUGGUGGACAUCCUGGUGUCCGUGGCGUCCGCUGGCGGGAACAGGAUUCUGGGAAUCCUGAGAGUUCUCCGUCUGCUGAGAACCCUGCGGCCCCUGAGGGUGAUCAGCCGAGCUCCGGGCCUCAAGCUGGUAGUGGAGACACUCAUUACGUCACUGCGCCCGAUCGGCAACAUCGUGCUCAUCUGCUGUGCGUUCUUCAUCGUCUUUGGCAUCCUCGGGGUGCAGCUUUUUAAGGGGAAGUUUUACCACUGCGAAGGACAUGACAUGAAAAACAUCACCAACAAGUCUGACUGUCUGCAGGCCAAUUACCGCUGGAUACGAAGGAAAUACAACUUUGACAAUCUAGGGCAGGCCCUCAUGGCCUUGUUCGUUCUCUCUUCCAAGGAUGGCUGGGUCAAUAUCAUGUAUGAUGGUCUCGAUGCUGUUGCAGUGGACCAGCAGCCCGUGAGGAACCACAACCCCUGGAUGCUGCUCUACUUCAUCUCCUUCCUGCUGAUCGUCAGCUUCUUCGUGCUCAACAUGUUCGUGGGCGUGGUGGUGGAGAACUUCCACAAGUGCCGGCAGCACCAGGAGGAGGAGGAGGCCCGGCUCCGGGAGGAGAAGAGACAGCAGAGGCUGGAGAAAAGACGCAGGAGUAAGGAGGAUUACGGGUCUGAAGCCCAGCAGCGACCGUACUAUGCAGACUACUCGCCAGUUCGCCUCUACAUCCACACGCUGUGCACCAACCACUACCUGGACCUCUUCAUCACCUUCAUCAUCGCCAUCAACGUGGUCACCAUGUCCAUGGAGCACUACAACCAGCCCCAUUACCUAGAGGAAGCUCUGAAAUACUGCAACUACGGCUUCACCGUCACCUUCAUCUUUGAGGCUCUGCUCAAGCUGGUUGCCUUCGGCUUUGUAAGGUUCAUCAAAGACAGGUGGAACCAGCUGGAUCUGGCCAUUGUUGGGCUGUCCAUCAUGGGGAUCACCCUGGAGGAGAUUGAGAGCAGCGCCGCCCUGCCCAUCAACCCCACCAUCAUCCGCAUCAUGAGGGUGCUAAGGAUCGCAAGAGUGCUGAAGCUGCUGAAGAUGGCCACAGGGAUGAGAGCCCUGCUCGACACAGUGGUGCAGGCCUUACCACAGGUGGGAAAUCUAGGCCUCCUCUUCAUGCUCCUGUUCUUCAUCUAUGCUGCACUGGGGGUGGAGCUUUUCGGGAAACUAGAGUGUACUGAAGAUAACCCAUGUGAGGGGCUGAGUAGACACGCCACGUUUGAGAACUUUGGGAUGGCCUUCCUCACCCUUUUCAGGGUGUCCACAGGGGACAACUGGAACGGCAUCAUGAAGGACACGUUGCGGGAGUGCCGGAGUGAGGACAAGCACUGCCUCAGCUACCUGCCUCUGAUCUCGCCCCUUUACUUCGUCACCUUCGUGCUGAUCGCCCAGUUCGUGCUGGUCAACGUGGUGGUGGCCGUGCUGAUGAAGCACCUGGAGGAGAGCAACAAGGAGGCCAAGGAGGACGCAGAGAUGGACGCUGAGAUCGAGCUGGAGAUGGAGAUGACACGCUGUCUCAGCGCAGCCUCAGUGGAGAGGCCUGGAGGGCCCGAGAGCGGCGCCAUCUAUACAGGGCCACGCCCUGACUCACCUGGACAGGACGAGGGAUUGUACAGUCCACAGGAGAACUUCCUGUCGUUGGGGAAAAUGUCAGUUUCUAGAAUGCACUCGCUACCCAAUGACAGCUACAUGUUCCGCCCGGUGAGGCCAGCCAGUGCACCCUACCCCCUGCCAGAGGUGGAGUCCAAUGAAGGAAACCUGUUCUUAGGCUCUGUGUCCUCGGUCCAUUCCCAGCCCUGUGUGGGAAGUUCCUUGCUGCAGGUUCCAGGGGCGUGUCCUCAGGCCCCUUACACCAACCACAGCUUGCCAAGGAUCCGCCCACCACACCUAUGCCCCUCCCCCAGUAUUGGCAAGCCACUGUACAGACAGAUGGCGAUUAAAAACGACUUCAUCGAUGUGCAAAGCUGUGACUCAAAGGAUGACCUGCAGAGGCGGUCCAGUGACAGCCUGCACCUGAAGGUGCCCGCACCGGGUACUUUCACCCUGCCCGUGCCCCGGCUCUCCGCUCCCAGCAGCCCCCAGGCCUCCCCGCUGCUGCUCCGCCGAAGCCGCGCCUCCAGCAUGUACGCGCACCGGCAGGAGUACGGCCAGCGUGGCGGCGCCCUCCGCAGGCCGUGCAGCCGGGCCAGCAGCAGCAGUGACAGCGCCAGCCCCGCGGGCUCCACGCUGGACUGCGCGGCGGACCUGGCCGACGAGGAGGUCCGCCACAUCAACAGCUCUGCCAGAGCCCGGGGGGCCUGCCCGCCACCACCGGGGGCGCGCUGUCACUCCCUCUCCCCAUACGCCUCCCCCAGCGCCCCGCCCCCUGUUCAGCUGAAGAAUUGUAGCAGCGCCACCAGCCUGCUGGGUUGCGGAGUCCGGGAGAAGGACGCAAAGAGGUUCUACGACAUGAACCCCGAGGGCUUCCUGGCCAAGCCUGCCCGGGCCGAUGACGCCCGCCGCCACUCCAUCGAGAUCUGCCCUUCCGUCGACGAGGGCCUGGUUUUCGAGGUGCAGAGGAGGUCCUCCCUGCACAGCCAGCCGGUGUCCCCGGGCCCCCUGUCUGACCACAGGAAGAUCAAGAUGAGCCCGCCCUGCAUCUCUAUAGACCCGCCACUGGAGGCGGAGCUGUCCGCUCCCACUGUGCCCCUCACCAAAAGCUCAGGGAGCAGUAUGCUGUUGCGCAGACGGACACCUUCCUGCGACUCAGCCCUGCAGCGUGACUCUCUGGACCUGCCGGAGCAGCACCCCCUCAUUGAGCCCGUCCCCAAAUCGGAGCGCCGCCCAUCUCGCGCCGACGAGCGCCUGCCCAUCCCUCAGUUCUCCUUCGACCAGUCAGACCUGAGCUCCCUAAGCAGCAUGUCAGAGGUCCUGUCAGACAGCGACCAAUCAACGCACUCCUCCUCCUUUGAGGCCAGACUGGAGGGCGGGGCUGGCUCAGAGCUCAUCAAGCAGGAGUUUGUGAAGACUGACCCGAACGAGGGCGUGGGGAGUAGCACCCACACCGGACUCAGCAUCACCAGGAGUCCCCUGAGGAAGAGAGGGCUGAUCCGCAUAGCGACCGCCAGGGACGGGGACACUGACGAUUCCGUCGCGUAGCCAAAGUGUUUGACUCGAAAUACCAUUGAUUGAACCGCCCACAGAAAGUGGCCAGUUGUUGACCUAUGACCCCCGAGGAACGAUUCCUAUCAAUCCGCCCCAGCACCAAGAUUCCACCAUUGGGAUAUGCAAUUUCAGGUUUUAGGAUGGAACUCGGGACCUUCUACAACUCAAUCACAUUGAUUUGGGUUCAGGAUGUGUAUUGCGUUGUAAUUAAUUUAAUGGAUUUGCUUAUUUAUGUCCACUUUCUUAAAGGCACUGUAUUGUGCAAAAGGCACAGUAUGGUAAGGUGCAUUAGCAGAUAAAAAGCUGUACAUAUUAUUCUGUAUAUCUUGCAGUGUAAAUAGAGGGCAAUAUUGUACCAGUGAAAGAAGAUGGCUGUAUUCAUAUACACAUAUUUUUAUAGAGAUCUCUAAUCUUUUGCACAUAUCAAUUUGAAUUUCAAGUCGGAUAGUGUUUGGUUGUCCUAUUGUGAAUGUACAGGUUAUUUUGAUUUGUUUAUAACAGCAGUUUGAUCAAUAGUAGCCUGCUGUGACCUACUGAUAUUUGCUGAAAUUUAUUUUUAUUUUUUUACCAGGUGGAGAGGACAUUUAUUGGACAUUUAUAUAAUUCACUGAGAAACCAAACUACAAUCUGUGACUCGAGUGCAAUAAUUGAGGUUUGGUUCGAAUUUACUACAAAAAAAAAAAACUUUUGCGUUAAGAGGAUAAACAUAACAUGAUUCAUGUAGUGAUUGUAGAGUUGUUGAAAUUACGACCGACAUAUUUAAAAGAACUGAUAUAAUUGUGAAGUUCUUGCAAUCAAUAUAUAUAUAUAUAUAUAUAUUCCCUUGUUUCCCCAUAUGUAGCUACCUUGAAAGCAGUUGUACAUCCGUGACUAGAGCUCACCACUCUUGUGCACCUAAACCCUGAACUAAUUCAGUAAUGUUUAUUUCCCUCACUUGUCCCUAUGCCAUUCUCAGGGUCCUCUCACAGAGAGAGAUGUCCUCCCUCUCACUGCAUCUGCUUUCAUUCUUUAAUCUCAGAUGGAACUGUGUGACUCUGUGUCGUGUUCUUUAAACUGAUGAGAGGGCGCGAAGCUAGAAAUUAAAAUGUAAUGUUUCACGUUGACAGAGAGAGAUGUCUUUUUUCUCCCCCCCUCAUUUU